UGCAUGCAAAGUGCUAACAGAAACACAGUAUAGCUCCAGAAAUGGCCCUGGAAACCUGUUUGCAAGUUAACUCAGUCUGCACCACUAGAACUAGCGUUCUUCUGCAAAGUUACCAUCAGUUUUCCUGUCCUGAGAAGAUUCAUUUUCCGGCUCCUCGAAGAUUGAAUAAAACAAGUUUAUCAUUCAAUACUUCAUCAUCUUCAUCUUUUACUCAUACACUAGGAGGUCGAUGUCAACAAUCCCCGAUUAUCUGCAAAGCUCGCGAAUCUAUAGAUGAAGUUCAAGUGGUGACAGAAUCGAGCUGGGAAAACCUUGUGAUUGCAAGUAAAAACCCAGUUCUUGUGGAGUUCUGGGCACCAUGGUGUGGACCGUGUCGCAUGAUUGCCCCAGUUAUAGAUGAAUUAGCAAAGGAAUAUGCUGGAAAGAUUGCUUGUUACAAGCUCAAUACUGAUGACUCCCCGGGUAUCCCAACGCAGUAUGGGGUCAGGAGCAUUCCAACAGUACUGUUCUUCAAGAACGGGGAGAAGAAAGAGAGCGUGAUAGGUGCAGUGCCAAAGUCCACCUUAUCUGCUACCAUUGAUAAAUAUGUAGAUGGUUGAAUUGUAAGAUAUAUAUGGCCCUUUGUGCAUGUCAUU